AUGAUAACUCCUAAAUGGAAACGUCUCGUGCGGUUCAUCGCCGAGGACGACUGGAGGGAGUACAUUGGCGAGCCGUUGGACGAGAACGUUGAUGUCGGAGCCGCGCUGGCGGCAUCAACGCCCGUCCCGGUGCGUGUCUUCACCGGAGCAUCAGCACUCGACGCCUCGGCGGAGCCGACGUCAAGGAUCCUCACCAUCCAGAAGCUCCUGCCGCCCCUGACACGGAAGGAGAUCGGCACGAUCCGGUGCAUCGGGCUCAACUACCGCAAGCACGCAAAAGAGAUGAACCUCGAGCUCCCGGAGCACCCGACCCUCUUCUUCAAGCCGGCGAGCUGCCUGAACGCGUCCAACGCGCCGCUCCUCAUCCCCCACCAGGCGACCGACCUGCAGGCCGACUACGAGGCCGAGCUGGCCGUCGUCAUCGGCCGCGACGCGCGGAACGUCUCCGUCCCGGACGCCAUGGACUACGUCCUGGGGUACACGUGCUCCAACGACGUGACGGCGCGGAAGCACCAGUUCGCCGGCGCGCAGUGGGGGUUCGGCAAGGGCUUCGACGGCUUCGCGCCCAUGGGCCCCUGCAUCGUCAGCGCGAGCAGCCUGCCGGACCCGUCCGUGAUCGAGCUGCGGACCGUCCUCAACGGCGAGGUGAUGCAGGAGGGCCGCGGGGACGACAUGAUCUUCUCCAUCGCCGAGAUCGUGGCGUACCUGUCCCAGGGCACGACACUGGAGGCUGGCACGGUGAUCAUGACGGGAACGCCCCACGGCAUCGGCGUGAGCCGGACCCCGCCGGUCUUCCUGGCGCCCGGGGACGACCUUCGUAUCGUAAUGAGCCACGGGCUGGGCAGUCUGGUCAACAGGGUGGAGUACGAGGAGAAGCCGCAAAGGGUCACCAAUGGAGUGAAUGGGCAUGUCAAGGCGGUCAAUGGUGUGAACGGGGUGACUGAAGUCAAGGUCAACGGUAUUCACUGA